AUGAAGGACCAAAUAGAUCAAAUAGACACUUUUUAUAAGAAAAAAACAUCAGAAGAAACAUUGAAAAUACUUAAAGAAAUAUCUUUUAUUAAAUCACCAUCAUUACAUCUCCCAGAACCAAUUGUACUUCCUCAUGAAUACAGUUCUCUUACUACAGACACACUUCAGAGUUCAGAGAAUAUAUUUUCAUCUGUUUCAGAGAUACAUAUGUCUUCUUUAAAACAUUAUCAUGAUUUAAAAACGAAUUUUCAGACUUGGUCUAAACGAGUUGAGCAAUGGGAAAGAUUGGCUAAAGAAAGGCACUUAUCCGAAGCAAAAAAGCUAGCUCCAGGGUAUCUAGACACUGAACAGCGCUUACUAAAGCCUAUUUCUGCCAAACACCCGUCUACAGUUUCAUAA